AGGGAUCAAUAGAGAGAGAGAAGGCGGCCGUAGAGGGGGGGAAGGAGUCCAAAAGAGAGAGGGGAAGGUGGGGACAUAGAGGGGCGAUAUCGAGAGGGGGGAGUGGGAACUCGGAUGAGAGUGAGAUGGAGAGAACUGGGGCAGCACAGAGUUAGUCGGGGGGUCGGGGGGGGUUGGAGCCACAGAAUCCGGAGGAGGUCACCAUGACCGAUGAAGGAGGGGGCCGCUAUGACUGGAGCAGCCCAGAGAGACGGGCUCUCCUGGAGAAGGUCUUCUUCAGAGAGUCAGAUUUCAUCCGGGCAGGCUCGGAGGAGUGUCAGGAGUUCUGGAGCUUUCUGGAACGUUACCAGAGAUUCCAGGAGAGACAGAGGGGGAAAGACAGGGCCGGAGAGGGAGAGAGGGCCACGAGGGAAAGAGGCGCGGGGUUGGACCUGCCCCUGGUGUACGACCCCAGCUACCGGAUCAACCUGUCGGUGCUACCGGCGCCCGUGGGGGGGCCCUCGUUCGGCGUGCCCCCCGAGGAGCGGCGCGCCUUCCGCCGGGCGCUGCGGCACUACGCCUCCUUCGGGCAGCGGCGGGCGCUGAGCCGGUUGGCGGCGCUGGCCGCCUCGCGGCGGGCCCUGCCCGUGGCCGCCCACCGCGCCCGGCUGCUGGAGCUGACCGGCGGCGGGGGCGCGGCGUGCCUGGUGCUGGCCGGGGAGACGGGCAGCGGCAAGUCCACUCAGGUGGCCCAGUACCUGGCCGAGGAGUGGGAGGCCAGGGGCGAGGGGGGCCGAGUGGCCUGCACCCAGCCCCGCAGGGUGGCCUGCGUCUCGCUCGCCCGGCGGGUGGCCCUGGAGUGCCUGCGCCCCUCCUGGGUGGGCUACCGCGUCCGCUUCGGGGCCUCGGUGCCCCCCGGCGGCGCUCGCAUCCUCUUCCUGACCGAGGGGCUGCUGGUGCGCAGGCUCCAGGGCCGGGGGGCCGUGGGCUUCCGGGCCGUCCUGCUGGACGAAGCCCACGAGCGACGGCUUCACACUGACCUCCUGCUUGGCGUCCUGAAGGGGCUGCAGUCGAGUUGCCCCUCCCUCCGCCUCGUCCUCAUGUCGGCCACCCUCGACGUCGGCCUCUUCUCCCGCUACCUGGGGCACUGCCCCGUCCUGCGGGUGCCGGGCAGACUCUUCCCCAUCAAGGUGAUUUACCAGCUUCCAGAGGAGGAGCAGGAGGCUGGGGAUGGCGUGGACCCAGGGCCGUACCUGAGGGUGAUGCAGGCCAUCGACCAGCAGUACCCUCCUGAGGAGAGGGGGGACCUGCUCAUCUUCGUCAGCGGGGUGGCCGAGAUAGGCAUCGUGGCAGGGUCGGCGCGCACCUAUGCCAACCCCCCGCUCCCUCACCAGCACUGGAUUGUACUCCCGCUGCACAGCGCCCUCUCUGCGGAGGAGCAGGACAAGGUUUUUGACGUCGCUCCUCCGGGGGUCAGGAAAUGUGUUGUUGCAACAAACAUCGCAGAGACAUCGGUCACAAUCGAUGGUGUUCGCUUCGUUGUGGAUUCCGGGAAGGUGAAGGAGAUGAGCUACGAACCAACAGUUAAACUGCAUCACCUGAAGGAGUUCUGGGUCAGCCAGGCCAGCGCCGAGCAACGCAAGGGACGGGCCGGCCGCACAGGCCCUGGGGUCUGCUACCGACUCUACGCCGAGUCCGAUUACGCCGGCUUCGCCCCCUACCCCGUGCCUGAGAUCCAGCGGGUCGCCCUCCACUCCCUGGUGCUGCAGAUGAAGAGCAGGCUGGGGGACCCGCGAACCUUCCCCUUCAUUGAACCCCCGCCCCUGACGAAGAUCGAGACGGCCAUCCAGUACCUGCAGGAGCAGGGGGCCCUCGACUCGGAGGAAGAGCUGACGGCUCUCGGGAAACUCCUGGCCCUGCUCCCUGUCGAUGUGGUCAUCGGGAAGAUGCUGAUCCUGGCCUGUCCCUUUGAGCUGGUGGACCCAGUCCUGAGCUUGGCCGCCGCCCUCAGCCUGCAGUCUCCCUUCGUGCGGGGCCGCCAGGCCGGUCCCGACUGCUUGGCUGCCCGCGGGACCCUGGAGAGCGACGAGGGAGACCCCUUCACUCUGCUGAAUGCCUUCGAGGAGUGGCUGCAGGUGAGAGUGGAGAGGAAGGAUUCCCGGAAAUGGUGCCGUCGCAGGGGUGUGCAGGAACACCGGCUGUUUGAGAUGCUCAACCUCAGGCACCAGUUCAAGGACCUGCUGAUGGAGCACGGCCUCCUGAGGAAGGAGGACCGCCGACGAGAACUGGGGGGGCUCUGGCGAGCCAAGAGGCGGCGCGAGGAGCGGCCCGAGCGCCGGCGCAAAGUGCUUCGGCUGGGGGAUGGCGACGAGGCAGUCUCAUCGGACGAAGACGCGCCCAGCGUCUGCUCCGAGCGGCGUGGCGGCCAGAGUCCCCCAGGGUCAGUGCGGGUGUUUGGGGUUAACGGAGAGUCUGCAGUUGACAUCGGGGCGCCCGCUCGCCCCGAGCAACAGUAG